GUCCAGGCGCUGAGGUCCUGGGUGGGCGAUCGGGGGCAAUGGGGCAGGAUAGCCCCACAUCAUCCCUCCGGGAUGCUGGGGUAGGGGCGGCCCGGGUGGGCGUCAACCAAGGCGUCCUCAGCCCGUGUCUCCCAUGGGCUUUGCGCAUCUUGCCCAGCCUUUGAGCAUCCCGCCGCUGCAGAAGGGCAGCGCAGAAGGGCGGAAGGGAGAACUCUUAAGCCCCUCAGGGAACCACUGUGCUCUUUCCACGUGACCUGGUUAUCGCAGCAAGGCUGGCAUUCCGUGUGUGGAUCCCCAGGCCUUCACUCUUGGUUGAAUUUCUAGGUGCUCAGAGCUGACUUUGCGGGAUAUUUUUGGAGUGAAUGGAGCCAGAAGGAACUCUAGAAUCAGAAGGUUCAGAAAAGUCAUUAUUUUCCUCACAGCAAGAAUAUGAAGAAUCCCAAGAAGCAGAUGAAACAGGCCCGGAGAACCCCCUCUUGCAGCCGGCCCUCACAGGGGAUGUAGAAGGUUUGCAGAAGAUUUUUGAGGAUCCUGAACAUCCUCACCAUGAGCAUGCUAUGCAGCUGCUUCUGGAAGAAGACAUUGUUGGGAGAAAUCUGUUGUAUGCAGCUUGCAUGGCUGGGAAAAGUGAUGUAAUUAGAGCCUUGGCAAAGUAUGGGGUGAAUCUGAACGAAAAAACUGCCAGAGGGUACACGCUCUUACACUGCGCUGCAGCCUGGGGCCGCCUGGAAACUUUGAAGGCCCUGGUGGAACUGGAUGUUGAUAUAGAGGCUUUGAACUUCCGGGGAGAGAAAGCUCGGGACGUUGCCGCUCGCUAUUCUCAGACUGAGUGUGUUCAUUUUCUGGACUGGGCAGAUGCCAGGCUGAUUCUGAAAAAGUUUAUUACAAAGUCCUCUCUUGUCGUUACUGAACCAGAAAAGGGACCGGGGAAACUCCUCAAGGAUGACAAGAACACUAUCCUCAAUGCAUGUCGUAUGAAAAACGAGUGGUUGGAAACCCAUCCAGAAGCUUCCAUCAGUGAGCUUUUUGAGCAGAAACAACAACUGGAGGAAAUUAUGACUCCCAUCCUCACAAAAAUGUCUACACCACGUCAAGUGAAAAGUGCCAGGUCGAUAAUCUAAGCUGUGGUCUGCAAAGAAAUCAAGACUGUGCCUUCUACAGACCCCAGAUGGUGUAGAAGGCUACGUUAUCUUCUAGCAUUCGAUAAGACAAACCAAUUCCUGCCAGCUGAAUUCAAGAAAUAAACCCAGGGUUUUCAGAAAUGUUCAGAUACAAAUUCAGUCAGCCUGGCUUUGUGUAAGGCUGUUCAGAAUACUCACACCUGGCUCAGGGGCUGGGCCUCUGCUCCUCCAAACACAUCUCCUCAUGAGUCCUCCAAUCAUGG